UAAAGAACAAUUCACCACAUCCCCCUCUACAUUUGGAGACAAGCUCCGAACAGAACACACAAGAUGACAGACAAAUCUAGAAACAACAUCUAUCAUGAUACAACACUUUUUCUACUGGUGGCAAUAAUAAUGGGAAACAGCCACAAGACUGAUGCAUUUGACCAUAUCGUAAGAGCCACAGCUAAGCCCAUCCCACAAAAGCCUGUCCUUCAACCUACGGAGAGCGUUCCUAUCACCGGCAAUUAUGUGCUAAAAGACCCCAACGGCAAAGAAUGCAUUAAGGUGUCCAUGGGUGUGGAGUACAUAAUUAUUGAGAAGAAGAAAUCUUCUUACUUCAACUUGGACCCUAGACAUACCCAGAUAUCAGGUAUAUGUGAAGAGAAAAAAGCUGUCUUUUCCCUGGCUAUUCUAGGCGAGGGCGGCUUUUUGGAACUUUCCUUUGUAAAGAAUGAUAACAAGUCCUAUUUGUCAAAGGUUCAAGCUAAUUUGUCUCCAGGAAAAAGUAAUAAGAACUAUCCUGGGGUGAUUGACCAUGAGAAACUUUUCCCAACUGAUGUUGGCUGCAGCCUCAAAUGCAAAUCUCAGACAGAAUUUCAUUUGUCGGAAAACCUUCGAGUUAAGAUUGUGUCACUUCAAUUCCAAGCCUUUAAACUUACCAAUGGGAGUUUUGGACCAGAGGUUGAAUGCUGGACCGAUUUCAUGAAGAGGAUCAUCCCAAUAAUUGUGGGUUCCGCGGUUGUAGCACUCCUCUUAAUUGCUAUUCUGACCUUCCUGAUCAUCCGGGACCGUCGCAGACAAUCUGGUUAUGACAGAAUCUGAAGUUUCUGAAAUUCUUUUUAUAGAAUUUCUGAAAUAUGAAAUAUGAAGAAUCUGAAAUUCUUUUUAUAGCUGUGGUUUGUAUUUACUAGAUUAUUUUAUUUCUUUUUCUCCAUUCCAUUAUUAAUAUUACAUCUGUCAUUGCUGUGUUCUUUUUGUUUUUUUGUAUUCAUGGAUAAAAGUAAUAAUAUGUUGUGAAUGUGGGAUGCAAAUAUGGGAAUAACUGUACUGAUGCACUGAGUACUGUGCUUUUGCAAUUAUUGUCAUCCAAUUUGGUAGGAAUAAUGUGGCUUUAUUUUUGCAAUUUGAAACUUGAUGUAUUUUAUUACAAAAGGGGUAUAUUCCUAAAUUAAAGGUGUGGCAUUAUGAUUGAAA